GGGGUGCAGGGGCGCUUCCAGGGGCAAUAAAUUUCAUCAGGCGUGUUUUGAUUGGCUCCCCCCGGAGGCCUUUUUGUCACAUGAGCGCUCCGGCGUUCCCAGGGCGAGCCCGGGAGUCCGUGCAGUUUCCCGCCGCUCGGAUUCGGGUGGCGCUUUUGCCGACUUUGUGCAGCGGGGGUCGCUACUACCCGCAGGGGAUCGCGCUAACCUCAAACGUGAGUUCGCGGGGACCGCGUGAGCGCGCCCCGGGCUGCUCCAGAAUUGACGUGUUUUCCGACAACUUUGAUUUGAUUUCGAGGCCAAGUUGUGGCUUUGGUCUUCGGUAAACUCACUUUUGUCGCGGGAGUUCCUGACACGCUCGCAAAAGUGAAAACCCGAGAGAACGAGAAAUGGAUUCUGGAUUGUUUAGCAACCUUCUUCUGCAUCCAGAUCAGUAAGUUUGAGCCACGAAAAGCUAUCCAAUUAGCAUCUGGUAGCUGGCCGUCGCGGGGCUUUGAUGCUAACCACCAGCUAGCGGAGCUUAGCGGGGGUAUUUCACUUGGCGACUGGCGACAGGCUCGUCCGGGUCAUCCCAUCAUCAUCAUCAUCAUGGCCUCGCUCGGGUAUUUUAAUAAUGACACCGAGCUGUUGUGAAAAUUGCCCGCGUUUUUUGCCCGUAGCUAGCUGGCUAGCUAAGUGUAUGCUAGCGACCGGCGCAAAGGAAAGCGCUCAAUUUUCCCACAUCAUUGGGACUCGGCACCAGCUGGUUUUAAGGAGAUAAAGUGGAUUGCUGAUUAAUGACGGCUGAACUUUCUGGACCCAAAAAGGUUCUGCAACGUUUCGGGAAGAAGAAAUGAAGGGUUGGGACGCCCUGAGAGGGUCGCAGCAGGGUGGGAGUGCAGUCAUAUUUUAGAUGAGGGUGAGUGGUUUGGUUUUUUUUUUUGUGUGUGUGUGUGUGUGUGUGUGUGUGUGUUUCAUAAGUCACAUUUUUACGAUAAGGGACUAUUUCGGUACUGGACUGUCGUGACGCUCCAGGGAAACGCAUAUCCUGUCUUGGAAGAAGACAAACAGAGAAACGAACAAAAAUAAUGGCGCCGACGCGAGUCUUCUGGAGAGCGCGCAAGAUGAAAUGGCGUCACGGUCCUCAGUUGUGGACACUCGCAAGUUUGCUUUCGCUGAGCGACGUGAGAACUCGUCGAGAGACAUCGAGUCGCACCAAACAAAAGCGGAAGUGCGCCGCUUGCUUCAUCUCGGAGGAGGAGCCGAGCCGAGGGAGCAAAGUCGCCCCGCGCAUGCCCGCCACAAGCGCACCCGCGCGGAGCGAGCGCGAAGGAGCGUCCCCAAAAAGUUCUCCGGGCGCCGGGACCGCCAUGGCCGUCUUCACCUGAGGAAGGGUGGGGCAGGCACCAUGAACGGCAGCGGCGCCCCGCAGGCGGCGCACCCGCCUCGCGGCUUCCAGCCGCCCACCAUCCCGGUGAUCAUGUUCAUCUUCGGCGUGGUGGGCAACGUGACGGCCGUCGUGGUGCUGCGCAUCUCGCGCAAGGAGCAGAAGGAGACCACCUUCUACACGCUGGUGUGCGGCCUGGCCGUCACCGACCUGCUGGGCACGCUGCUGGCCAGCCCGGUCACCAUCGCCACGUACGCGCGCGGGUCCUGGCCCGGCGGCCAGCCGCUGUGCCAGUUCUCGGGCUUCGUGCUGCUCUUCUUCUUCGCGGCGCAGCUGUGCAUCGUGUGCGCCAUGUCGGUGGAGCGCUACCUGGCCAUCAACCACGCCUACUUCCACAACGACUACGUCGACCAGCGGCUGGCGGCGCUGGCGCUGCUCGCCAUCUACGCGGGCAACGCCGGGCUGUGCGCGCUGCCGGCCGCGGGCUGGGGCCAGGUCAAGCUGCAGCGGCCGGGCAGCUGGUGCUUCGUCGACUGGCACGGCGGCGGCAACGGCACGUCCGCGGCCGCCUUCAACCUGGUGUACGCCGGCGUCAACGCCGCCGUGGUGCUGGCCACGGUGGCCUGCAACGUCCUGGUGUGCGGCGCGCUCAUCCUCAUGCACCGCCGCUUCGUGCGCCGCACGUCGCUGGCGGCGCACGAAGCGGCGUCCGGGGGCCCCGCCGAGAGGCGUUUCGCCCGCCGCAGGAGCUUGGGGCGGCUGGCCGGGGCCGAGAUCCAGAUGGUCAUCCUGCUCAUCGCCACUUCGGCCGUGGUGCUCGUCUGCUCCAUCCCGUUGCUGCUGAGAAUCUUCGUCAACCAGCUGUACAGCAACCAAAGGGAAGAGUCCACGGGCCUCAACAAAGACCUGCUGGCCAUCCGCAUGGCCUCCGUCAACCCCAUCUUGGACCCGUGGGUGUACAUCCUGCUCCGGAAGACGGUGGUCCUCACGCUGGUGGAGAAGAUCAAGUGUCUCUUCUGCAAGAUGGGACGGCGACGGCGGCGGCGAGGCGGCGGAGGCGGUCCCUUCCCCUGCGGCGCAGGCGGUCCCUUCCCCUGCCGCGGCGUCUGCCUGUCGUCGUCGUCGUCCGUCGCGUCGCGGGACUCGCCGUCUUUGGUGUCCGGGGGGCGGAGGGGGACCUCGGGGUGCACCUCGCUGACUUUUCUGUACCCGGCCGACGGCGGGACGGCGUCCUUCCGAGAAAGGGCGGACGGGGGCUCGGGCUCGCCCGGCGGGGAGACGGCGCCGGCGCCGACGUGGGAGGUCGGGCCGGAGAGCUCCAAGCCGACUUUGCAAGUGUCGCUCGCGGACGGGACGCCAAACGCCCGGGAGAGAUGCAUCUGAAGGUUGCGCUUCAUCUUGUCGGCUGUAAAUAUUUGUAACAUCGGACACGUCCACGGGAUUAAAUCCACUCAAUUCCGACCCACCGCUUGCGUCACUUUGGACUGGAUUUCCAGUCAACCCCCGUUUGAGCUCCCAUUCAUUCGAUCCAGAACCCUCUUCGCAGUCGGUGCCAAUUCACAACAUUUAAAAAGCAGCCCCCCCCCCCCCCCCAAGAACUAAGUUGAAGUCAGUGGAGGAGUUUCACUUUGGCGUUGGCAUCUUGGCGACAAUGAACUAUGUUGAAGUGAGUUGUUUGAUCGAGGCAAAGUGGCGUUUUGUCCCCAUUUCUAGCUUUGCUAUGUUUCGGGGUCCUUGACAAAGUUUUGGGGGAGGGCAACGUCGAGGUCUCUGGCGGGGGGCUGUAUAAAAAUAAAAUCCCGCCCCAUUUUCUAAAUAUUUUCAUUAUCACACAGUGUGUUAGCUCUGCGCUAAGUGACAAGUAAGAUGUCAAAAUGUGAACGUUUUUGUUGCAAGAUGCUAAUAAUUUAUUUUGGAGUGGGAAAAUGCGCACGUUCCGGUUUUCUCCGUGAGAAAAAACAAAAAAAAAAAAGCCGAUAUUACGAGAUGGCGGCCGAAGGCCCGAAAGAUCUCGGAAGUGAGUCUUUACCACAGAUCGCUAAUCUUGCCAUGAAUGUAAUCCCAUUUAUCGUCACAUUGUAUUGAUUGAUUGAUAUCCAUAUAUAUAUAUAUAUAUAUUUUUUUUUUUUUUUGGGGGGGUGGAUAUGUUUGAUGCCAUUAUCGUUGUAGAAAAUGGACAUUUAUGAGAAAUCAUAUGAAAACACAACCACUCUUGACCUUGUAUUAAAAAACAAAUAUAGCAACAAUAAAGUUGGAAAACGAGCCUUUUUUUUCCCCUCAUGUCAUUUUUAAAAAAUAUCUUUUAAGUAAGACCCACAGGAUAUUGUGUCCUAUCACAAUAAAACGCUACAACCGCAGCCAGCAAAAAGGAAACUCUGCAGCGGGACGUGGGGCUGGUUUCAUAACCCCGGAAGAAAAGAUUCUGAGAAACGUCAAGCGGAACGCUGAUGCUAAUCUUUUUGUUUUCGUGACAGUUCAAACUAUCCAUCCAUCAAUUAGCCACGCCGCUUAUCCUCACAAGGGUCAGGAGGGAGUCAAUAGCCCAUCCCGGCUUGGUCACGAGUCAGUCGCAGAGCAGAUGACAUCGCUCAGCGGGCAGACAUUGGCACCAUGACUGAGCGGGAAUCGAACCCACACCGAGGUCAGGCGCCAUCAGCGACAGAUAGCAAAAGCUUCCGAGCAUCAUUUCUGCACCAUUUGGAAAAUGCCGCCGCCCUCGGCACGCAAAUCGCUCCUCACUUCCCCUUCGCACACAAAAAGACGAUUCCCGGUCGUCUUCUUCGCUCAUUUGGGGAAAUUCCAAUUGAACAAACAGAUGAGGAUGAGCAGCUUUCUUUUCCUCAAACGUGGAGGAAAAACAAAAAGGAAGCGCUACAUUUCGACUUGAGUGGCUUUAUUUCACAUCCAUUUGCAGUUGCGCAACGACGUCACGGACCCUUUGGGGCAAAUUCCCAUAAAUGCCCCGCCCACCUGACACCCGAGAGCGCCGUCGCCAACUCCGCCAAAUUUCAACGGAUAAACGAUUCCGUCAAUAAAAUUCGCGCUCGAACGCUUCAGAACUACGACCUGAAAAAUGGAUGCCUA